UCGGAAUUCCUCCCGGACGGGCGCUAUUGCUUAACGCUCUAAGAAAAGAAGAUAUUGAAAGAAGAGAGAGAAAUAGAUGGCUGCGUUUGAUGCCUAAAAUCUUGCGUAUCAUCCACAGCAUAAUAUGUUGUGUUUUUAAGCACAGUAGGGAUCCAUUCCCCCUAUUUAUUUGUAGUUGUGGACUACAGAUAGAGAUUGAGACACAGGUGAAAAGGAAGAGUCAGAUUCUUUGAGAUUUUAUUUUGCACUAGGAAAUGAAGAAAUUUGUGUUGAGUUUGGAUUUGCAAAAUGACAAAGAUCAACAGAGGAGGGCUUUGAAGACGGUCUCAACCCUUUAUGGAAUCGAUGAAAUAUCCAUCGACCUCAAGGGAAAGAGGUUAACUGUAAUUGGAAUAGUUGACCCUGUAUCCGUGGUUACCAAACUUCGGAAAAAGAACUGGCCAGUCCACAUAAUCUCAGUCGGGCCAGCCAAAGAGCCUGAGAAGCCGAAGAAGGAAGAAGAGGCGAAGAAGGAGGAACCCAAGGUAGAAGAAAAAAAAGAAGAGCCUAAAAAGGAGGAAGAAGGGAAGAAGCCGGAGCCGGAACCAGAAAUGAUGCAGAUGAUCAGCACUGCAUUACCAUAUAGGCCAUACAGGCCCUACCAUCCUCCGGUGACCACAUACUACCCGGUGCACCACAGCAUGGAAGAGGAUCCGAACACAUGCAUUAUAAGUUAAGGUGAUCGUUCUGGGCCCGUUUUCACUCCUUGCCAUUGGUUCUAGCCUAGGAUUGGAGCUAUAUUUUUUGUUAUGUUUUAGUACAUACAAGAAGUUGAAAUAAUGAUUUUGGGUCAUCAAUUUUGUUUGGAUUCACAAAGUGAUUUUUAUUUGUAUUUUCUUGAUAUCAAAUGGUAGAGAGAUGUUGGUUUUCGUAGUUGGAGUCUUGCUGGAAAGGUGCAAGUCUUCAAAUUUCAUUUGUACGGACAAAAUUUAUUUUUGGUUCGGCCUACACUAAGAUUGGGCCACACCCACACCUAUUUAUUCUCGAAAUGUAA